CAGAAAAAGGGAGAUAUGACCAGAGGGAUGACUUACAAAAUCAGACGUCUCAGACUCUCAGUUGCACUGUCUAGACUAAUACAGGUUUUGCAGUUCCAUGAACUUCUUUGAAAGAAAAACUAACACCAACAGUCUAAAGAAAAUCCAAGUCGGAAUUUUCUCUGUAACGGUAAAACAGAGCAAUACUAGUUAUGAGCAUUGUCUUGACGCGUGCUUCUAGGGGUCCCCAAUUUGACCUCGCACGUACACAGUCAAAACCCAACAAGUAGAUGAGUUGUUUCAGUUCAGACAUGAUUGAGGUUUGAACGUCUCUCUCGGCUCUCACUUAAAAAUCGUACUGUGCAUCAGUGAAUCUCCCGUUCGAGUCCACAAGAAACGAAUAUGCGUAAGGUUGUUCACUUUCCUCUGUGCAACAUUAUUUGAAUGAAGAUCAUGUAGGAAAAAGAAAGGAUAGAGAGAAAGAUAGAGAAAGAGAUUAGUAAUAAGCAUGAGUGUUUCUUUAACAGUGAUGACCUUCAACCUCCAUGAAGAUCAGCCACCAGACAGUCCUAAUUCAUGGGAAAAGAGGAGGGAUUUGUGUAUCAGCGUCAUCACCAGCUACUCCCCAGUGAUCCUCUGUACCCAACAAGGUCUCCCUUCCUCUCCAUACUCGCGCCUGUACAUGAGUGAAAUCCCAGUUGGAUUAUCUUCAGCAGGGCUUGCCAGAAAACUUAGACAGAUUCAACCCCAAGUUUCUUGAGGUUUCACAUCAAGAUUUUGGAGCCUUGGACAUGAAGAUGCUGACUCAGUCUGAGAAAUCUGAUCUGAUUGACUAUUCCUCAGUUUGGUAAAUCACAAAAGUGAAGAAAAAGAAAAGGCAUUGCAGUGAAAGAAAGGUAUAUCUUUUGUCGUAAGCAUGAGUUGUCGUUGAACUAUUGGACUAGCCACUAAGGGAGAGGCUGUACUGGAAAAAGUAUCAAAUUCUGGAGCUAAUCACUGUUGUUUUUGCUUUAUCCUCCGCUUUUGAGAAUUUUUUUAUCUUAUGUAUUUGUUCACCUACUUUUUUGUUAUCUCUCAAUGAGUCAAAGUUGGUAGAUAUUGAAGAUCAUUAAGAUCAA